AAAUGUCCGUCAAAAAAUGGGAUGGUGAAAGGACAGAUACAGUUUUAAAACACUGUAUAGACUCAGUAUAACCUUUACCAACUGACACCAUUGAGAAGGACGAACUGAAAAGUACUGAUGUUAUGGAGAAUAUUUAUGCUAAUAUUAGUGCUGAAACCGUAAAGGUUCUUCAUGACCCCAACAUUGAGACCCAGGAUGUCACCUCCAGUGGUAUGGCAGGAAGGCAACAAUUUGCAAAGAGUAACCACCUAAAAGGUGCUGUUGUGUGUCUGGGGCUGCUGUGCGUUCUUUUACUGACUGGGAUCAUAGGCCUUUGUGCCCACUACAACAGAGUGGCAAGUGACUUUGAGGAGGAGCAGACUAAGCUAUUGACAGAGACAGACCAGCUGAAGGGGGAGAUAGUUAACCUUCAAAAUAAAUUAUUGUUUAUGGAACAUCAUUUUAAAAUGGGAUGGCGUCAUUUUGGAUCCAGUUUUUACCUCUUCUCCACUGUGGAGAAGACUUGGGAGCAGAGCAAACAGGACUGUGUAGGGAGUGGAGCCGACCUGGUUAUCAUAGACAGCAGAGAGGAACAGAAUUUUAUCAAUGGAUUCAAUGGGAUGUUCUGGAUUGGUCUGUCUGACAGAGAGACAGAGGGGUCAUGGAAAUGGGUGGAUGGAACACCACUGACCAUAGAGUACUGGAAGAGUGGAGAACCUAACAGUUACGGUGGUGAAGAGGACUGUGCUGAGAGAAGCUUAAUUUAUUCUAACACAGAGCAGAGCUGGAAUGAUGUAGCAUGUGGUCAACUGAAGUUAGGGAUCUGUGAGAAAGUGGCUUAUCCGUAACUCAAACUGCACAUAUAACUGCAUUCAAACUGCAUUCUUUUCUUUUCAUUUUUCAUGAACCAUCAAGUAAUAUAUGUCACGCCUUGGUCUUAGUAUUUUGUGUUUUCGUUAAUUAGUUGGUCAGGCCAGGGUGUGACAUGUGUUUAUGUUGUUGUAUUCGUAGUGGGGUUUUUUAGUUAUUGGGAUUGCGGCUGAGUAGGGGUGUUGCAUAGGUUUGGCUGCCUGAGGCGGUUCUCAAUCAGAGUCAGGUGAUUCUCGUUGUCUCUGAUUGGGAACCGUAUUUAGGUAGCCUGGGUUUCACUUUGUAUUUUGUGGGUGAUUGUUCCUGUCUCUGUGUAGUUUCACCAGAUAGGCUGUAUUAGGUUUCACGUUCCGUUUUGUUGUUUGUAUUUUGUAUCGUCAUUUUUGUUUCAUUAAAAACAUGAGUAACCAACA